GGCGGCGCCGGUGGGGCCGGGGCGGCCCGGAGGCCGCGGUCCCCCCGUGGCCAGGACGGAGCCGGAGGAGAUGGAAGCACCGGGAUGCACCGGCUCAGCGUGGCUGGUGGUCCCCAAGGCGGAGGUGACCCCCGAGGACGGCGGGGAUGAUCCAGGGGACCCAGAGCUGCACGACUCAGGGCCGUGGCUGGUGCGGAAGGUGAAGGUGGAGGAGGAGGAGGACGAGGCCGAGGCCUGGGCAGCCGCGGUUGGCACCGGGGCCCCGCUGGCCGCGCGGCCGCCGCCCGGUGCCUUCCCCCCGGACCCCGCCGGGACCCCGGGGCGCGGCGGCGGCUGCAAGGCGGAGGAGCCGUGCCCGGAGGAGUUGGGCUACGGGGUGCUGCCGGCCUGGGAGCCGGGGCCGCGCCUGGACGGGCUCGGGCUCGGGCUCGCCUUUGGGCUCGGGCUGGGCGCCGGCACCGGCUCCGGGACGAGCCCCGGCCCCGCGGGGCGCGGGCGCUGCCCGCAGCCCGGCCCGCGGCCCUUCUGCUGCCCGCAGUGCGGGAAGGCCUUCGGCAAGAAGGCGCACCUGACGCGGCACCUGCGGGUGCACACGGGCGAGCGGCCCUUCCCCUGCCCGCACUGCGGCCGCCGGUUCCGGCAGCGCAUCCACCUGCGCUCCCACCUGCGCACGCACACCGGCGAGCGGCCCUACCCCUGCCCGCGCUGCGCCCGCCGCUUCCGCAAGAAAACGCACCUGGACCGGCACCUGCGCACGCACACCGGCGAGCGCCCGCACCCCUGCCCGCGCUGCGCCCGCCGCUUCGCGCACCGCCAGCACCUCCUGCGCCACCUGCGCCUGCACGGGGAGCCCGCGCCGGCCCACGGACACGGCCACGGGGAUGGGCACGGGGAUGGGCACACCGAGGAGAAGCCGCUGCCCUGCCCGGCCUGCGAGAUCGGCCUCGCCUGGAAGCAGAACCCCGCGUCGGAGCCGGGGCCGCCCGCGGGAGCGGCGCCUGGGGCUGGGAACGGACACGCGGAGGAGCGGCGGGACGCGGGCGGGGAGGGCCCCGCCGAGGAGCUGCUGCUCAUCUGCCCCCAGUGCGGGACGAGCCGCGCCUGGAAGCAGAACGCGGCACCGCAGCCGUGGCAGCCCCUGGAGAACCGAACCCUCGGCUGUGCCCAGGACCCCCAGCCUCCCCUGCAGCCCCCACGCGAGCCCGGAGCCCACGACCCCCAGCACCCCUCGGAGGUGCCCACGGCCGAGUGCCCCUUCAUGCAGGACCCCCAGCUCCUGUCGCAGGUGCCUGGUGCCAACUGCACCCUCGGCUGUGCCCAGGACUCCUCGCCCCUCCCGCAAGUGCCCGGUGCCCAGGACCACCAGCACCGGCCGCAAAUCCCCAGUGCCAACAGUGGCCAGGGCUGUGCCCAGGACCCCCAGGAUGCCCCGCAGGUGCCCGGUGCCCAGCGGCCCUUCGCCUGCCCACAGUGCGGGCGCGGCUUCGGGCGCAAGGCGCACCUGGCGCGGCACCUGCUGGUGCACUCGGGCACCCGGCCCCACGCCUGUGCCCGCUGCGGCCGCCGCUUCAGCUCCAAGACCAACCUGGCCCGGCACCAGGCCGUGCACACCGGGCUGCGGCCCCACCGCUGCGCCCGCUGCGGCCGCGGCUUCACCCGCAAAACGCACCUGGAGCGCCACGAGCGCACCCACGGCACCGGCCCGGGCCCGUUCCGCUGCGCCCAGUGCGGGAAGGGCUUCCGGCAGAAGCAGAGCCUGGUGACGCACGAGCGCAUCCACACCGGGGAGAAGCCGUUCCGCUGCGGGGACUGCGGCAAGAGCUUCAGCCAGCGGCCCAACCUGCUGACGCACCGGCGCGUGCACACGGGCGAGCGGCCCUUCCCCUGCGCCCAGUGCGGCAAGAGCUUCUCGCAGAAGGCCAACCUGCUGGCGCACCAGCGCAUCCACGGCGCCCACCCCGAGGAGGGCAAGGCGCGGGCGCGGGCGCCGGCGCGGGGCUGCCCCGAGGACGCGCCCUUCGUGUGCCCCGAGUGCGGGAAGAGCUUCCGGCAGAAGCCCAACCUCAUCACGCACCGGCGCAUCCACACGGGCGAGCGGCCCUUCUCCUGCUUCCUGUGCGGCCGCAGCUUCAACCAGAAAACCAACCUGGUGACGCACUACCGGGUGCACACAGGUGAGCGGCCCUUCGCCUGCGCCCAGUGCGGCAAGCGCUUCACCCAGAAAACCAACCUGGUCACGCACCAGAGCACCCACACCGACCUGCGCCCCUUCCCCUGCGCCCAGUGCCACAAGUGCUUCAAGGACAAGGUGUCCCUCAAGGCCCACCAGAAGACGCACAUGCCCCGCCAGCGCCGCUGCCCCGCGCGCGGCCCGGCCCCCGCCGCGCCCUUCGGGGCCGCGCCCGCCCUGCUGCCCCCCGCGCCCGCCCCGCAGGACCCCGCCCUGUUCGCCCCGCUCCCGCCCGCCCCGAAGCUCCCCGAGGGCUCCGAGCUCUUCCCGUGCCCCGAGAAGGGCUUCCCCGCCCCGGCCCCGGGUGAGCCCUCCUUCCCCUGCGCCCACUGCGGCGACGGCUUCUGCCCCAAGGUGCCCCUGCUGCGGCCCCCCGAGGCGCCCGCGCCCCCUUUGCCCCCGGCCCCCCCGUCCUGGGGCCCCUGGGGGCGCAGCCGGGGCCGGGGGAGGCCGUGCUGUCCCCGGAAAAGCCCUUCAUCUGCAAUCAGUGCGGGAACAGCUUCGGGCUCUGGCUCGCCCUCGUCGCCCACCAGAAGAGCCACGCGGGGCACAAGCCGUGCCCCGGCGCUGCCCCGCCGAGCCGGGCGCCGAGCAGCCCCCCGGGUCCCCCCGGCGCGGGCGGGCGAGGGCCGGCCCUGGCCGUGCCCCGAGUGCGGGCGCGGCCUGGCGCAGUGCGAGCGGCCGCCGCGGCACGGGCACGGCGCCGGCGGGCGCGGCCCCUUCCGCUGCGACACCUGCGGCAAGCGCUUCAGCCUCAAAACCAACCUGGCCACCCACCAGCGCAUCCACACAGGUGAGCGGCCCUUCACCUGCGGCGUCUGCGGCCGCCGCUUCAACCAGAAGGGCAACCUGGUGACGCACUACCGGGUGCACACGGGCGAGCGCCCCUUCGCCUGCGCCCAGUGCGGGAAGCGCUUCGCGCAGAAGCCCAACCUGCUGGCACACCAGAAGACGCACCUGGGCCGCCAGCCCUUCACCUGCCUCGAGUGCCCCAAGCGCUUCAAGAGCAAACUGUCCCUGCGGGUGCACCAGCGCGUGCACACCGGGACCCCCGGCGCGGCCCCUGGCACCCUGGACCCCGCCGGGAGCCCCUUCCCCUGCGCGCUCUGCGGGGAGGGCUGCGCGGAGCACGGGGGGCUCCGGCCGGGCCACGGCGGCGGCGGCGAGCGGCCCCACGCCUGCGCCGAGCAGCUGCACGCCUGCGCCAAGUGUCCCCACGGCUGCGCCGAGCGACCCCACGGCUGCGCCGAGCGGCUCCACACCUGCGCCGAGCAGCGCCGCACCUGCACGGAGCAUCCCCACGCCUGCACGGAGCAUCCUCACGCCUGCACGGAGCAUCCCCACGCCUGCGUGGAGCAUCCCCACGCCUGUGAGCGACCCCACGCCUGUGGGCAGACACAGCCCUGCACCGAGAGGCCACUGCCCUGUGCUGAGAGGCCUUUGCCGUGCACCGAGCGGCCACUGCCCUGCACCGAGCGGCCGCUGCCCUGCACCGAGCGGCCACUGCCCUGCACCGAGCGGCCGCUGCCCUGCACCGAGAGGCCUCUGCCCUGUGCUGAGAGGCCUCUGCCCUGCACCGAACGGCCUCUGCCCUGCACCGAGCGGCCGCACCCCUGCGCUGAAUGUCCCCACCCCUGCGAGCAGCCCCACGCCUGCACCAAGCGGCCCCACGCGUGCGAGCAGCCCCACGCCUGCGCCGAGUGUCCCCACGGCUGCGCCGAGCAUCCUCCCACCUGUGGCGAGCACCCCCACCCCUGCGAGCGGCCCCACGGCCGCGAGCGGCCCCACGGCUGCGCCGAGCAGCCCCACGCGUGCGCCGAGUGUCCCCACGCGUGCGCCGAGUGUCCCCACGGCUGCGCCGAGCGGCCCCACGCGUGCGCCGAGUGCGGGAAGCGCUUCCGGCAGAAGGUGAACCUGGCCGUGCACCUGCGGACGCACACCGGGGAGCGGCCGUUCCGCUGCGCCGACUGCGGCAAGGGCUUCAGCCAGAAGGCUCACCUGCUGCGGCACCGCCGCACCCACGGCGCCGGCCUGAACGCGCCCUGCGCCGCCGGGGACCCGCUGGCCAAGGGCCCCGAGCCCCCCGCGCUGCUGCUGCCGCCCUGCUCCCGCGGGGCGCCCCCCGCGCGCCCCGACAGCCCCUCGGGCGCCGCCGACAUCCUCCUGCAGCUGAUGCAGGACGAGCCGCCCCCCGGCCCCGGCGCCGCCCCGGUGCCCCCCUGUAAGUGCCCCGGGGGGGCCCCGAGCCCCCGGGCGCCGGGGCUGCCCCCGCCGUGCUGCUGCGCCGCCUGCCUGGCCCCCCGCCCUCCCGAGCCUCCCCGCGGGCAGCUCUGGGCCAAGGCCGGCGGCUGCGCUCGGGCCUUCGAGGAGAAGCGAGCGCCGGCCGCGCCCGAGCGGGAGUGCGGCGAGGAGAAACCGGCCCCGUGUCCCGGCUGCCUGUGAGCCCCGGGACCCGCCCCGCUGCCCGCGACCCCCGCGCUGACACCCCCGCACCAGGACCCCCGCCCCGCCCCGGCUGCCGGGAUCCCCGCACCGGAGCCCCCACCGGGACACCCCGGCAAGGACCGGCCCUUGGCUGCUGCGCUCACCCGCAGGGAGCCUGGAGGAGAUGGAGCCGAGGGGACCGAGCCAAAGGACAGACCGAGGGGACGGAGCCAAAGGGACAGAGCCAAAGGACAGAGCCAAAGGGACGGAGCCGAGGGCUCGGUGCCAAGGUGACACCGCCAGCUGGAUUCAGCACUGGGACUCCUGUGCACAGCCAGCCUGGGACAUGGCACACUUUGCCCUGGGCAGCCAGCAAAGGGCUGGAGGAGACAGUGCUGGACCCGGAUCUGCGUGUGGGCUCCAGCCACACGCACCAGGAAGGGCUGGGCACGGUGGAGCUGCAGCCACUGGAGCCAGACUUGGGACAAGAGGGGCCCUCAAGGGUUCCCUCUGCUUCCAGAACCUUCCAGCCUGUUCCGGACUGGCAUUCCCUGAGGACACGGCCGGGGUGGCAGUGCUGGGCCUGCCCUGCUGCGGUGAGCUCCCGGGGUCCCCGGUGCAGCUCCACGUGGAGGAAUUGGGAGCGCACUGGGAAAACAGCCAGGAAAAGGGCCUGGAAGGGCUCAGCUCUGCUUCCAGAAGGGCCCCGGAGACGCCUCCGGAGCCGGGGGGAUGGGGGGCAGCUUGUGCUUCUGCUUGCUCUGGGUAACUGCGCGCUUCGGGACUCAAUAUUGCGGUUUGGGAUGGGUGACGCUGGGGUGGCCGCUGGAGAGUCGUGGUGGUGGGGCUGUGGAGGCUCCAGCGGCACAGGGGCGCUUUGCUGGGGUUUGGGUGGCCUCUCCCUGUCCCCUCGGCGUGACAGAGCCGGGCAUCCACGGUCUGGGGAGCAGCUUCGGCCGCAGACACCGCCGGGAGCUGCCAUUGCUUCAUCCCAAAGGGAAUCGGACACCGGGACAGCCACCGGCUGGGCGGGGGUCCCACCCCAGUCCCCUCCCCCAGCUCUGCUCUCUGCAAUUCUAUUUUUUGAGGUUAUUUAAAAUAAAAGCUUCUGAUGGC